AUGGUUUCCUCUUCUUCAUUCUCAGCUCUCUCUCAUCCUUCCUUUCAAAUUCCAUAUACCAAUUUGGAUUUCUGUGAAAAACCCAGUAACCUUCAUAACAUAGUUCAAAUUAAGAGCUAUAGAAGACCAGCCACAGUCGUUGUUUCUUCUAGUUCUUGUCAAAGGUCUUCUCCUUCACCAUCUCGCCGAGUUCUUCUUCAUGGCUCUGUUUCUCUGGCUGCUUCAGCAGCCAUUCUUCUAUGCUCAGGUCCAGCUGAAGCCGGAUUUCUAUCAGGAUCGACCGGGAUAGAAUCAAUUCCUGGUCCUGAGUUGCCUCAAGUCGACUUUCUUAAGCGCUUCAAUGAAGAAAACCAGAAAAAGUAUGCUGACAAUGAUGCAAGAUUCAAAUCAACUCCAUUGCUCAAGGGGCUACUAGAAAAAUCCAAGCUGAACAAAGAAAAGAAUAGUAAAGAAAUUCAAGACAAGUACUGCAUACGUGGGGCAGAGUGGGGAGUUGGAGAUUGCUCGGCAGAGGGAAUGUCACCUGACGAGAAAGACAAGUUCAUUGCUACGUUGAAGGAGAAGGCUGGUGUCAAGGAUUGA